AUGAUAAAAAAGUCGGACGAGUCGAGGCGCAUCCUGCGGAAAAAGCUGAAUAACGACAUCACGAACAUCCUGUUGCUCUUCGAAAAGGUGCAAGAAUGGGCGGACCUGAGCAACAUCCUCCACAAGUUAUAUUUGACCAUAGAAAAAUAUGAAGUAUUCGUAGACGUUGCGUCCAAGUUUCUCCUCUUUAGGAGGCUCUCCCAGUGUUUGAACCCCCUGCUCCCCUCGGGCGUCCACUCCAAAGCGUUAAUCAUCUACUCAGUGAUUUUUAAAAAAGUGGAAAAGGAUUUUUUCAUCAGCAACAUCCACAUCCUCUGUUCGGGAAUUUUUGAGUUUAUGCUCCACUGCACGAUCAAUUUGAAGACAAUUUAUUUUAAAAAUAUUAAAAGCAUUUUAAAUUUACGCGAAAAUGUUUACAUCUUCGCAUACGCAUUGCUCCUCUCCCUUUUCAACGUAGUGGACAGUGAUAAUAACAUCCUGCUGUAUAUAUACUCCAUUAACAAUUACAUUGGGGAAAAAAUAUUUUUUAAUAAUAUAUGGCUACUUCUUUUGAGGCAUACCGAGAUUAGAACAAAUAUUUUGCAUUUCCUGGAAACUUCUUUUAGCCCUCAAAUUCAUUUACUCUCGAAGGAUAGAAUUAAUAUGCUUCUUCCUUUUAAGGACGACUUGGUUUUGUCCUCUCUUAUUUUUUGCCUCAAGGAUAAGAGCAUCAUAAAUCAGAGGAUCACCCUGAGUUUGCUGAUUAACAACUUUCCCCUCAACCAGGUGAAUUUGAGGAGUCGAAGGAAGGGCGUCCCCCGGGCGGGAGGCAGGAGCGUUGAUUAUAUCCCGCGGGGGGGACAACAGAGUGUAGGAAGUGCCGACUAUGGAGUGGGGAGUGCCGACUAUGGAGUGGGUAGUGCCGAACGUGGGGCCAUCGACUCGGCCGUCGCCAGGUCCGCCUCGUACAACGUGCGCGCUGUGCAGGGGAGGGGCGGUGAGGCGGCAGGCAGCGCAGCGGUAGGAAGCGUAGCGUUAGGCAGCGCAGCGGUAGAGGGGGUGGCGAUAGAGGGGGUGGCCGAAGACGGGGUAGUGGACGGGGGGGCGCCCCUCCGCCUCGCCGAGAAGUACGAGCGGGGCAACUCCAAAAAGAGGUACCACAGCGACAACGACCCCGAGGAGGAAGGCGAGGGGGAGUACGGCGGCGGGCUGGCGAAGGCGAGCCACGGGGGCAACCUGCUCAUGGGAGGGACCCGUGCAGGUGGGGGGGCUCAGGCUCUGUGGGGCAGCGGCCACGGGGUGGACGUGAGCAGCGGGGCGGUUGCGUAUGGCCAUCAAGAUGAGGACUCGUUUGGGCACGCGGGCCGGGAGGAGAAGUGCGAAGACAGCGAGAGGGUGCUCACCAGCGAGAGGGUGCUCACCAGUGAGGGGAUGCUCACCAGUGAGGGGCUGCUCGCCAGUGGGAGCACCCCAUUCAGUGACCACCCCGGUGCAGCUACGCUUGGGGAGAAGCACGAAGUGGAGGGGCUGGAUGGGUCCCCCCCGGAGGCGAGCAGCUACGGCAUCGGGGCGCGGACGGGCGCCAGGGAGGGGUUCGCGUCGCCCCUCCCCAAGAGCGAAGUGAAGAAGGUGAGGUAUGACGUCGAUCAGGAGCGGCGCAGCGAAGAAGGAGUGGCCGCGGCCAACGUGGAAGUGGCUGCACUGAACGUGGAAGGAGGGGGGCUGCGCGAAGUGGGGCUGAAGGAGGAGGGCGAGUCGGCCGGCAGCCCCUGCGUGCUGUUCAACGACGUAAGUAAAAAGAUCAUCGCGCGAAAUGUAAUCUUUCUGUUGCAAAAAGGAGACAUCGGGUUGAACAGGAGAAUCUUUAAAUAUUUGUACCUCUUCGAAAACAACGACGAAAGGAAUUUGAAGGAAGGAACGAUUAACAUAAAGAACUACCAAGUGUUCGUAGAGACAGUGAUCGACAUCCUCCAGAACAAAUUCCAAGACAACUGCCAGGCGGUGUCUCAUGUGCUCUUUACUCUCUUGAAGAACGCUGAUUAUGUAAAUAUUAACAGAAAAAUAAUGAGUAAGAUCUUUCUUUUCCUUUUAAAUUUUUGCUACAAAAACCGGGGGGAUAAGAAGAUAAAGCAGUUCUUUCGAAACGUCCUGACUUUAAAUUUGAUUAGCUUUGAUAGCAUUAUGAGCAUUUUCCUUUGCACCUUUUACUUUCUUAUGAGGAACUACGACAGCAUGUUUAGGCAGAAUGGGGAUGGGUACAUUCAGAUGUUUACCAACCUCAUGAACGUGAUGACCUAUUUUGUAGAUUUUUUGCGACGAAUGAAUCGGUACGUUUAUACUUAUUUUUUGUUUUCUUUUAGCAUUGCCAUUUUGAGACUGAUGAGUCGGCUGAACAUGGUCAUCCUGUCGCUGAUUAGAAAGUACAGCCACGUGAAGGACCUCAGCGAGAGGUACUGCGUGGACACGCACGAGGCCGUCUCCGGUCGGCACAGCUCGCUCUACUACUUCUUCUUCUUCGUGACGCACUACAAUAACUACUACCUUAACCGGUGCUUCGUGCUCCUGGCCAGGGAGCCCGCCUUCCGCGCGCUCCUCCGCCGGGGGGGGUUCCCCAGCCAAGGGGGGUACCCCAGUCAAGGGGGAUUCACCAGCCAAGGGGGCUUCCCCAACCAAAUGGGCCUCCCCACUCAAGUGGUCUUCCCCGUGGAGGAGAAGAGGAACAAAAUGCAGAAGACCGGGGAGGCGCGCGCCUACGACGACGAGGAGGAGUACAACUCCCCGGAGAGCAAAGCCAAGUACGAGCAGUACAGCAGCGAGAAGGAGCUAAAAAUGAGGAUGGGCGACACGUCAAUGGAUUACAUGAAGAGGAAGGUGAAGAAGAAGAUGUUUGAAAGUGGCCUGAACGCCGCCUCCUCCUCCGCGAAUAUGAGCAGUGUGUAUAAAGGGACUCACCAUAUGCAGAGGGUAGAAGGUGAGGGGAACUACGCCUCUCAGUUGAAUGUGAAUAGUGGCAGAGCCGCCUUGAAUGAAGGAGCAAGCAAUAGUAGAGGCCACCUAGGGGGAGGACCCCCCCUCUCCCCUGACCACAAUAGGGAUGAUACCCUCAGCAGCAACUACAGAGUGAAGCUCGAAAAUGAUGAGGGCUUUUUCCCAAUUUUGCUAAAGUACAGACGAAAGUUGAGGCGCAACUUGAUCGACGCGAUAGUGAGGAAUAGCGACUUGUAUUUCUUUACCAAUAACUACGAGUAUGUCAUUUUUUUAUUUUACAAUUACCAUCUGCUAGUGGAGAAGGAGCAGGUGAACAGGAGCUGCUUCUUCUUCCUGAGGCACAUUUUGCGGAACUGCUCCUGCGAUAAUAAGGAUAAGUUUUACUUUUGGUGUGUGUUGUUCCUGCACGUGGUGAGGAUAAACUUCAACAGGUCUCUGCUGAAGGGUGCGAGGCCGGGCGAGGGGGAGGCGGGCGGCCCCGGCCGGAUGUACUACGGGAAGCGCAGGGGGGGCGGCGUUGGCGGGGUGAGCGGCACUGGCGGGGGCGGCCGCGUGAUGGAGCGUCAGCUACCGAGUUCGCCGCCAAACCUGCCGAGUUCGCCGCCGACCCUGCCAACCCAGCUGAAGCGCAAGAAGCGGAGCGGGGCGCACGGCCAGUUUGCCAACAAGGAGCAGGAGCUGCUGUUCAGCGUCGCCUUCAUGGAGGGGGUGCUAGUCUACGCGAACAAAAUAGUCAAGUGCAUCUUCCACUACAUCAAGGUCUUAAGGAAAAACAAAAAAUUUAUAAAAGUCUUUUUCGACAUAAACUAUCUCUAUUUUUUCUGUGACAGUAUGUAUUGCCUCAAAAUACUUAGAGACUCCCUCAAGUGCAAGGACACCCACGAGUUGACUGUAAACGUGAGGGUCAUUUUGGAAUUCAUAUUAGAUAACAAGACGAGUGAGUACCACAUUAUUCACUCCAAUUUUUAUAACCUAACGCACGACGUUUUUAAGCUCUACAGCCGGAGGAACACCCUCAUCAAUUACUACAUGAUUAAGUACAUAAGGAACAACAAGAAGAAUCUGGCCUACAUUUUGGACAAUAUAAUUAUUAGCAUGUUUGAUUUGAUAAACGAGAUUGAGGAGGGGCUCUCCUCGUGCGCCCCUGCCAGUGCGGGGGCCAGCUACGAGGAGGUGGCCGCGGGGGGGAGCGCCACUCCCGUUGUUGGCGGCGUCCCAGUUGUUGGCGGCGUCCCAGUUGUUGGCGGCGUCCCAGUUGUUGGCGGCGUUCCGGGGGGGAGCGGCCUCCCAGUGGGAAGCCCCAUUCCAACCGCCAUUGGCAGCGUGCCGGCCGCGGGCAACUACGAGAAGUGCCUGCGCAAGCUGAAGUGCAAGUUUGACUACGUGAACUUCUUCUUUACUGGCAUCGAGAACUUCCUGCUGUGGCUGUACAAGCACCGGGUGAGCAAGAAGAUUUACCACGCGCGGGGCAAGAUGUGUCUGCAGAACUACGAGAGGAACCUGCCCAUCGUCAUGUGCUACAUUUGCACGGAGGGCAACCUGAGCGCCGCCUACUUCCGCAACUACCUCGACGUCUUCUUCCUCCUCUUCCUCAAGAUCAUAUACAUCAACGAGAACGUGGGCCAGAUCGGCACCAGCGCGGUUGGCGGCAUGAGCGGCGUUAGCAGCGUUGGUGCAGUUGGCGCGGUUGGCGCCGCUCACCCUGUUAACGCUGCUAACGCCCGCUCGGAUAACCCGGACGACCCAGGCAGCGCAGCCCACACGGGUAACGCCGCUAACCACGCCACCCCCGCCAACGCUGCUAACAUCGCUAACGCCGCUAACGCCGCUAAUGCCGCUCAUGCCGCUAACCCGGGGAAGGAGGCCCACUCGGUGAGGCAGAGCAUGCUGCUGGAGUUCAAGCGAGACGUGGUGAGCCUCAUCACGCACAUAUUCUUCUGCGCGCACAGCUACAACAAGAAGGCGGAGUACGUGAAAAUACUGAACAGCUACUACCGACAGUUGAUCCACCACAUCCUCUUCCUUUAUUUUUACUUCACUCUGAAGAAAUACUACAUUUUGCAAAUUCAGCUGAUCAGUUUUAUAAAGAAUAUUCUCCCCCUGUACGAAACGAAUACAGAUAAGAACGUCUUUUCCUGUGAGGUGCUAGAGAAGGACAUCACCUUUAGGAAGGUCAUGAAGCACACCAAUUAUGAGGAGUUCAUUUUGGCUAGCAAGUACCACUACGAAUUGGUUAAUAGGAACAAUCUGCGAGUAAAAAACGACGUCUUCAUAUUUAGCAUCCUUAGGAAGAGUAUGACCAUUAUACUGAAUUUCAACGAACAGGUCAUUUAUAAAGAAGUCCUCAAAACGAUCAUCUACUUGAUUGAAAGUAUCAUCGUGGAGAAGGACGUCAAGGCGUAUUACCUCACCGUCUUCUUCUUAGACCUCCUGUACAUCAUCAAAACAGAAACGCAGAAAAAAAAAAAAAAUCUUUUCUUUAUUAUGAAGUUUUGCCAGUUUUUAAGUGAAAUUUUUAAAAUUAUUUAUAAAGAUGAGUUGAGGACACAAAUGAAAUAUCAAAACAGAUUUGAAGACGACGGCAAUGUUACCAUCGACGAUAUUGAGAAUAGCCUAUGUGAGGGUAAAGUUUCCACGGCUCCCUUUUGCACCGUUUUUUCCAUCAAAACGGAUGAUAAAUUUUUGAAUGUGCAGCAAAAGAACAUCUCUACCCUCUUCUCCGUCAUCUUCAAUUUGUAUGCCUACUUGAAGAAGAAGCUCCGGGUCUACUGCCGGAACAACAGGGGCCUCCUCGCGCACGAUGACCGCAACGCACCUCCGAAUAGCAGCCACUAUAAUAAUAAUAGCAGCGUUUAUAAUAAUAAUAGCAGCGUUUAUAAUAAUAAUAGCAGUGUUUAUAAUAAUAAUGGAAGCAUGUAUAAUGAGAAUGGAGGUCCUGUUGGGGCAACUCCCGCUGGUGGAGCUAUCGACCAGGUGGGGGGAACCGGGGGGGACCCUCUUAAUACCAGCAACAACGACGCGGGGAUGUUUGCCAACGUGUUCGGGCAAGGAGGAGGUGCACUCCCACGUGCUGGUAGUCUGUCCAAGCAUGUACCUGUGAAUAGCAACCCAGGGGGGAGGGACCCACCCGAUGUGCUCCGCAUGAGCAGCGCGGCGCGCGCGGACGAAGCCAUUCGAAUGAACCGGGGCGCUUUUAUGGACGACACCAUGAGGUUGGGUAGCACGGCUGAUAGAACCCUCCGCAUGAAUGUAGAGGCAGAUGCGGACGCGGCCAUGGGCGCCGCGGUGGAUGCAGCGAUGGAUGAGGCAGUUCGGAUGGAGGCAUUGAACGGUAAGGCAGCGGUGAAUCUUGAAGGGGGCGCGUCCUACGGGCAGUUCGCCAGCGGGGGCUAUGCCUACGGGAGGGGGCCGCCAUCUGCUGCGAACGGCCCCAUGGGGCAUCUUGCAGCAGAUCAUUUGGGCGUAGAGCGCCUUGCGGUGGAGCAGCUUUCCGUGGAGCAUCUUUCUGUUGAGCACCUUGGCGUGGACCACCUGGGUGUGGGAAGCGCAGCCGCCUCCGCUACCGCCACCGCUGCCCCCGCCGGGGGAACCUUCGGGGGCGCGCAGCACUUGGCGGGUGGCAACGAGCAGCUGGGCGCGGGGAGCGACUACCAGCUGCAGACUUACGGACAGGGCGACGGAAGUUUUGCCUUCCCAGGGGGGACCAACGUUGACGGGGAGUUCAUCCAUGGGGACGGCGGAACAGUGGGGGCCUACCCGAAUGGAAAGUAUAUUUAUCGCGAAAAUUUCAACCAAGGGAGCAGCGAGGUGGUGCCUCCAGGCAUCUACAGCAAGGGGGACGGUUUGAACGGCGCCGUGGUGAGCGGAGCCUAUCCGAGCGCGUACUACGGCAGCGUUGGGUAUGGAAAUGAGCAGAUGCAAGUGGAGGGGACGAUGCGUGGGGAUGCGUUGGGAAGUCAGCAGAGGGGGGGUAACUUGGCAGGGGGUAGCCUUGGAGGGGGAAAUCGAGGAGUGGGGCUGCUACGAAACGACCUGCAAGGGGAGGAGCCCCCCCGCCAGCAGCUGCACGAUGGGAAGAGCGGGACGUUUGGCAGCAAUCAGCUGGCGAGUGUGAUGGGCGAGGUGGGCAUGGAGAUGGCUCAACUAGGAAUGACCCCAGUAGGGGCGAGCGGCGGGGGAAGCGGCGGAGGAAGUGGCGGAAUGGGCGGAAUGGGCGCAAUCGGCGGAGUGAAAUCUCCCGUGAGGGACCCCAGCUUCAACGUGCAGAAUGACAACCACACAUUUGCGAAGACGGACGACAGCACGCUGGCCCUGUCCAACCGAAUAGAGCACUCCUUCCUGUACAGAGGGAAGCUAAAGAGCAACGGCCCCUCGAACGAAGGGUCCAAGAGAAACAAAAAGAUACUCCUGCUGAAGGUGUGCCUACGCAACAUCAUUUCGAUAAAUAAAUUGCUUUAUUUCGUCACGAGGAGUGACUUCCUCUUUAUUGAUAGCCUUUACACCAUCUUUAAGGAGUACAUCACAAAGAGGAAGGAGUACAAUCAGGACAAGGUGGACGAUUCGGACGACGAUACGGCUUCGUCUACACAUGAGCACAGGAACCCGUUUUUGAAGAACGUCAUGAGGGUGGCUCGCAUGGGGAAUGGGCAGCAUCUCGACGGGGGUGACAACGACUACGAUGAGGGGGACGACGAGGAGGGAGAUGAAGAAGGUGACGAGGAAGGCGGAGAGGGAGGCGACGAAGAGGAGGACGACUAUGACAAUGACGACGACAGCUGCGGCGGAAACUACGACAGUGAAAACGACUACGAUAGGGACGAGUACAGCCACUACAACGAGCGCAGCGGCGGGGGGAACGACCGCGAUAGCGAUUAUGACGACAGCGAUAGCGACCACGAUGAGCAGAAAAUCAUCCAAGAGCACGUGGACCCCUUCGUGGACGACAACGGAGCGAUCAUGGGCCGGGCGAACAUCAACAUGAUGAGCGGAAAGAAAAAAAUAAAGAAGGAAAGAAUAAGGGAAUACUUCAGGCGGGAAAAAAAAUUGCUAAAAAAAUUUAACUUUAUUGGAAAAUUUGGCAAAAGCUCGAAAAAAAGCAUGAUUGUUAUGAACAAGUCAGGUGAAUUUAUCGAAAAAAAAAAAUUAUCAUUUUCGCUAACUCUGUUGACAGAAUUUCAUGACGACAUAUUGGUAAAAAUUUUGGACGAUUUGUUAAAUUAUUAUGAGAAGUAUAAGACAAAAAUAAACAUAAACGAGUUUAUGAAUUUUUUGUUUCACAUUUAUUUGAACAUUUGCACACUUACGAAGAGGAUUAUCAACUGCUUCAUCGAUUUUAUGUUUUCGCUGAUAAAGAAAAUCACGCAGACGUCUCAAAAUAUUAUGAGCAGCCUUUGGUUUUUGUACAUCCUGUUCGUCAUCGAGAAUAACCACCUGUACGUGUUUAAUGACAAGUUGCAAAAGAAAAUUAUCCUCGAGCAGAUAAGCAUAUUGAUACAGAUUUCCCUCUACAGUUACUAUUCCAAGAAUGUGAAAAAUAAUUACAAUGUGCAGACGCCUCUCCCGAGUUUUGUCCUUCCCUUUAACAUUCACUACAUCGUUCAGGAUUAUUUCAUAAGUAAUAAUUUUUUCAAAAAAAAAAAAAAAAACGCGAAAUGUUACUACAUGCGGAAUUUGAAGCUUAUCGAGAGGAAUUUCAACAUCAAUGAUUACUCGGAGAUAGCGGCCAUCAACGCGUUGUCCUUCCUCCUCCUCUGCUUCUACCAUGUGGUGGUGAAUAGCGGCACGUUGGCGGAUGGCGCAGCGAAUGGCCAUGGCGCGAAUCAUGCGGCGCACGGUACGGGGCACACCUCCGCACACGCCACGUCGCACGGAAAUAACCACACGAGUGGCAACAGUCAAGGGGGAAACGGGCACGGAGCUAAUCAAGUAAAGAGCUACAUCUGCGAAUCGUCGGUCAAUUUGUUUUACGAAAAUUUUAACAAGUACCUCUCCCUCAUUUAUAACAACAGCUUGCAGAACGUGUUCUUCCGCUACUCCUUUUUGCUAAUAAUGAACCUGCUCAUCGAUUACAAUUACAAUUGCAAAUAUUAUAUAAAGAAAAUUACCUUCGACCUGUAUGCCUACAUCACCAACGUGGAUAUACGCUGCUUCAAAGCCUUGGCGAGCAUUUUCAAAAAAUUGAACGAGACAAACAUCGAUGAGUUGCUGCUAGUCCCCACGAGCAGCAUUUUCUCCCUCAAGUUUAACAUAAUAAAUUCUCGGAUUAAUUAUAUUAACAAAUUGUCGCUGAUCAUUUUGGCUGGGAAUCGCAAUUUCUACCUUUGCCACCUGCCCAAAAUUGCAGAAAAUAUCUCCGAGUACCUAAAAUUCUGCACCGAUUUGAAGCUGUACCGAGAAAUAUUAAUUCUCAUUUGCACCAUCAUCAUUAAAAAUGACGAGAAUGAAAUUUACAUCAUCAUCCCCACGUUCAUCUCUCUCAUCCUUCAAAUCUACCAUGUGGAACGCACCAAGUAUAAAAUCGCUGUGGAGGAUAUAAAAAAUGUGGACAAAGAGGAGGACAAUUACAUUUAUGAUUUCAACUCCCACAACAACGCCGAUGUGCUUUCUCUUCUGAAGACCCUCCUCAUCAUCAUGAACAUUUUGGUCAAGCGCAACGUCAGCUUUAUUAACUUCUACUCCUGGAUUUUCUUCAGGGACAUUUCCAUCAAGCGCAACUGCUUUUCGGCGCACCGGGACAUGGGCAACUACGCCAGUGGGGGUAGCGGCAUUGGUGGGGUUGGCGCCGGAGGCUCUCCUCUGCCAAGUCGCCUCUCAGGAGCACCCUCGGACGGGGAAGGACUCACCCAAGCAGACCCCACCCUUGGCACCAAAGUGGAGAAGGAUUUAGAAGCCAAUGAGGAGCUCACCCAAGCAGUUAAUUUCCAACCGGAUGGAAGAACGCCCAAAAGGGAUGUCCUAGCCGAUGGGGAGGAGGAUUAUUUCGCAUCGUAUGCCAACCGUAAGGAGUACAACCUCGAUGGGGAAAAAGACGAUAUAAUCACCAUCCUAUUGAAUGCGAACCAGGAGGAGGACCCCUUUAGCAAAGGAAGCAGCGUGUCUCCAUCCCACAUCAUAAAGAGCAGUGCACUGCAGAAUAAGGGAAGAGCGGAGGAGGGGAAAUUUGUUGCCUUCCUCGAUAUUAUUGAAAAGCUGUACACGCCCGCAACUCCGCUGAAGAGGCACAAAUUGGGUGGCGACGGAGGGGGGGACGCCACUAGUGCCAACGAGGCGAUUGCAGCUGUUGGCGAGGGAAGCCCCAGAAGCGCAAACCCGCUACCCGUCCAAAGCAGUAGUAGCGGUAGAAGGAAUAACCAGGCGAGCGACCCAGGGGUGAGAUUCCUCGACGAGUUGGAAAACGAAAACGCGGAGGGAGAUCACCAGACCACAGGAGCAGCAGACCAUCGCGAUCGCACAAGCCGCCGAGAGAAAAGCGCCUACCCAAACAGCGUAAAAAAAAACCUCUACUACUGUGACAACUACCUAAGCGAGUACAUCCUCAACACGAAGAAUCAACUCUCAGGAUACUCCUCAUGUGAAAAUAAUUUAAGUAGCUCCUCUGUGAACUCCGUAAGGAGUAAUUUCUCGAACAAUUUUUCGAAAGACAUGAAUGCAGUUCUGUCAGAUUCUUCGGAUGACCCCGACGUUAGCAACAGCAGCUCCAACGAUGUCAGCCAUCUGUCCCACUUGAUGCCAAAUGUAGAGAAUGAUGAAGAGGUGUCCUCCGAUGAUAUGUACAGCAUGGCAAAUGACAAGUGGAACCAUGUGCAUUGCUUGCCUAACUACGACCUUAACGAGUUGGGAAAGAAGAAGAAAAAAAAAAAGAAAAAAAUCUCCGUGCACUCGUGCAAGAAUAUCCCCCUCAUUUUGGUGUACCUGUCCAAAAAGAUCAAAUUAAAUUUUUACAAAUAUUCUAUGAAGAAGCCCAAGGACGAGACCCUCAUUCUGCUCAAGGAGCUGAACUCCGUGGAGAACGAGAUCAACGAUUUGUUUUUGGAGGUGGACCUCAGCCAGGUGUACGCGGACUUCCUCAUGCGGUAG